UCCCCUGAUCCUACCGCGGGCUGCGCAGGGCGGGCUGGGCCUUCCGUGAGAUUGAGACGGCGGUGGGGGGCGGCGGGAUGUGUCACCCAAAUACCAACGGGUGAGUCGCCGGCCGAACCAGCCGGGCAGGUCCGGUGGAGUAUAAGAGCGGGAGGGAGCGGCGGGCGGCAGACGCCUGGAGACCUUCUCGGAGGGCGGAGCCGGAGCCCAGCGCAGUCCCCAGCCCUCGCCAGCCCGCGCCCCGUCCGCGCUCCUCCGCCCCACCAUGGCCCGGGGUCCGGGCCUCGCGCUGCCGUGGCCGUCGCUGCUGCCGCCGCUCCUGCUGCUGGCGGCGGUGAUCGGCCACGCGGCCGCGCAGGACAACUGCACGUGCCCCACCAACAAGAUGACCGUGUGCAAAAGGAGCGGCCCGGACGGCCGCUGCCAGUGCCGCGUGCUCGGCUCGGGCCUGGAGGUCAACUGCUCCACGCUCACGUCCAAGUGCCUGCUGCUCAAGGCGCGCAUGAGCGCCCCGAAGAGCGGCCGCGCGCUGGUGCAGCCGAGCGAGCACGCGCUCGUGGACAACGACGGCCUGUACAACCCGGACUGCGACCAGCAGGGCCGCUUCAAGGCGCGCCAGUGCAACCAGACGUCCGUGUGCUGGUGCGUGAACUCGGUGGGCGUGCGCCGCACGGACAAGGGCGACCUGAGCCUGCGCUGCGACGAGCUGGUGCGCACGCACCACAUCCUCAUCGAACUGCGCCGCCGCACGGACGGCCGCGCCUUCAACCACUCGGACCUGGAUGCCGAGCUGCGGCGGCUUUUCUGGGAGCGUUACCUGCUGCACCCCAAGUUCGUGGCGGCCGUGCACUACGAGCACCCCACCAUCCAGAUCGAGCUGCUGCAGAACACGUCGCAGAAGGUCGCCGGCGAGGUGGACAUCGCCGACGCCGCCUACUACUUCGAGAGGGACGUCAAGGGCGACUCGCUGUUCCCCGGCCACCGCGGCCUCGACGUGCGCGUGCGCGGAGAGCCCCUGCUGCUGGAGCGGACGCUCAUCUACUACCUGGAUGAGAAGUCCCCCCAGUUCUCCAUGAAUCGCCUCACCAGCGGCCUCAUCGCCGUCAUCGUGGUGGUCGUGGUGGCUCUGGUCGCCGGCGUGGCCGUCCUGGUGAUCACCAACCGGAGGAAGUCGGGGAAGUACAAGAAGGUGGAGAUCAAGGAACUGGGGGAGAUGAGAAAGGAACCGAGCUUGUAGGUACCGGUGGGGUGGGGUGGGAUGGGGUAUCGGAUUUCAGCAAGGUCCCAGACGCAAGUGAGUCACGCUCCUUGAUUCUUGGUCCCAAGGAGGCCUUUCUCCCCCCAAAUUCCUGCCGCCCCCCGCCGCCACCAAAUUUAAUAGAUCCUGUUCUCGGGGUCACUUCUUUCUGACUUUUGUCCCGAAGGAAGCAUUUCUAAAAUUCCUCCCCUUUCGGUCCAACCAGAACCCUGACUCGAAGAGUUAAGGGAAGUUUGGCAUAAGGUUAUGUAUAAGGAUCAAGUGUUUGUAUGACAACUCAGCAUCGUUUACAUGUGACGCAAAAUCAAUGCUGAAGGCUAAAUGCGUUUAGAUGGGAAACAGCGCUUUUACUGUCUUGGGUUUAAGUUAUUUGAUUAGCUCCACUUGUAUUGUGGCUUUCCUGAUGAGGAGUUCGCUACUUGGGCCCGUGUAGUAUCCUCAUUUACCAUCGUUUGUACUGAUAUUACCGACCACACAUGCUUGUCAUCGGGAAAGAAGCCUGUUUCAGCUGCCUGAACACGUUUUAGAUGUCUUUGUUUGCCGGCAGACUUUGGCCCGGAAACUCAGCAUCUGUUCUUCAACUUGCCCUUAUGACAGCUGAUACUAGUAAUGUUUCUUUUGUAAAAUGUUUGUAUAUAGGUUGUCUUUGAUAAUGCUGUUGUGAUUUUUAAAAGAAAAAGAAAAAGAAUGUAAUAAAAUAUGAAAAAGGAACAAACCAAAAGAUGGAGUUUGUGAAAACUUGCUCCAGAUUUAUAUCACUUUGGUCUCCUCUAAUUUCCCACUACUCAGAUUUCUUAUUUCAAAUUCUAACACGUUUUAGCAGGAUGGGUCAUUUCCUAUAGCCACUCUGGUGUUUCUGAGAUCCCUGAACUGGCAAGUGUAAACACAGGUCUUUCUAAAUAAGAUUGUUUGGAAACCCCCUGCAGGAGGGUGGGUCUGAGGGAGGAAGCUAGAACCAGCUGCUGUUGUUGGGAAAGGGGACCAACCUUAGGUUAUCCCUAAAUGAGAAUUCUCCCCUGGAGAAGGAAAACUCUACCUUUGUUUCAGGAGCUGUAUCUCCUUUGAAUCCCUGCCAUACUUGGAAGUAGCUGUGCUAUUCACAUUUAGUCCUUGGCAAUUGACUUAAUCCCAAAGUAUUGCGGCUCUGAGUUAAAUGACUUUCUUGCAUAGUCAUAGCCAGUCUGUAGAGGACUUAUGCCCUGGCUGUGUGUGCGCGUAUGCACACAGUCUGUUUUCCUAAGAUUCUAGUAGUAAUGUGCUUUAAAAACUUUUACUUCGUUUUAGCUGCAAAAAAUCUUGUCUCCUUCACAUUUAUCUCCUUGUUUGCACUCAUUUAUGUGAAGCGGGGUGUGUUAGAAGGUCGCUGUGGGGUAGCCUACAGGUAAACAAAUUACUGCAAUUCCUGGGAAAUUGCUGCAACAAUGGGCGUGCACAAAGGACAGAGUGGUUCGUAUAUCCAACCCCAAAUAGCUAGAUCCAGGAUAUCAGUUUCUUCCCUGGAAUCCAUCUCACGUUCCUCCUCCCACUUCCACUCUGUGUCUGUGGUCUAUGCCGACCACUCAAGAAUGAAGCACCAGUACGAAUUGGGGCGAGGGAGCUCUCAGCUGCUGCCUUGGCAGCUUGGGGCCGCGGCUGGUGUGUGCUGGUGGAGUGAUACCUUAUGAUCACCAGAGUCUCUAAGUCUGUAAGCAUUCCUGCUAGGGAGAGAUGCCCAUCAGGCUCCAAACAUCCUCUCAGGCUAAAAUGGGGCUUAACAAGGGGAGAAGGCUGAUGUGGGUUGGCUUCCCCAAAGUGGAAAGGGCAGCUUAAGUGCCUGAGGUUAGAAUGGGAAACUUAACAGAGUGAAACCACUCUCAGGCAACCCCCUUCCCCCACCCCCCCAGGUCACUGGUCACUGAAAUUCCUUAGCUAAAGGAACCUUGGCAAUCACCUCUAACCUAGCCUCUCAUCUUACAGAUGAAAGGGUUAGUGACUUCUCAAGAUUAAUGUUUCUGUGGCACAGCUGAAACUAGACAGUCUCUUGAUCCCUCGUCCAGUAUUCUUUUCACUACAUCACACUGCCAUUGUUUCAAGAGUCACUUCAAAAAACUAUCACUUGGCAUUUCUCUGGCAGUCCAGUGGUUAAGACUCCAUGCUUCCAGUGCAGGGGUCAUGGGUUCGAUCCCUGGUCAGGGAACUAAGACGUGGCCAAAACAAAAAAACAAAAAACAAACUAUCACUUGACUCCCCAGAAAAUAAACAGAUUAAGGAUUGAGUGGGCAGCUGAACAAAGGAAAAAAGUCCUGAGAAAGCCCAUUCCUUCAUCAGAAUGUCACUUCUGGAUAAUUUCUAAAUUUCUGCAUUAAUUCUGGAAUAUGAGUCCUUGCACUUUAUUGCACUUCAUGGUUCUAAAAGCACUUUCACAUGUAUCACCUCUGAGGCAUUGGUUUACUGGUAAUAACCCAAGUGUUGACAAACCUGAGUUCAAAUCCUGCUCUACUGGGCAAUAAGUCACUUAACUCUCCCCAGUUUCCUCAUCUGUUGAAAACUAUAAAUCUCUGUCUAUUACAAAAAAUUAAAUGAAGGUAAUUGAUGGGAGUGCCUAGAAUGAUCUGGGCACUUAGAGUUCAAUAUAUCUUAAAUUUUUUCCUCUCCUAUAGAUUAUAUCCAUUUCACAUGUCAGAAAACUGAGGUCCAAAUAGGCUGAGUAACUCAUGAUCACACAUCCUCCAUGUGCCAAAGCCAGAGUUUAGAACCUUUGUUUCGGCUUUCUAGCCCAGGUUGCUACCCCAGAUACAAGACAGGUUGAGACACGUUUCUUAUUCACUUCUUCCAAGGAAGAGCCCCUCAUGCUCUGUUCUGAAACUCAGGCCUCUGCCAAUCACAGGAUUAUAUUAUCCAGAACCGGCUAUCUGCAGGGGUUUAGUCUCCACCUCCAGAUUUCCAGCCCCGCCCCCCAAAUUAACAUUACUGUUUUGGGCACAGGCCUGGGGCUGCCCUUGGAAGGAAUGAAAAGAGCAGGUGUGACUCACCUAGCAUGUCACAGCUUGUCUUCUGAGCCCUGUGGGAGGCUCAUCAGAUUUCCUUGUUUCGGUCACCAGUCACCCGGGGCUUUCUCCACUCUUGCUAUUUCCUUA